AACUUCAGAUUCUUUAAUCUCUUCUCAUUUAAUACUAAACUCUCUUCUCACAUUACGUCUCUCUCCCUCUCUUUGAGCCAAACAAAAAAAGUGUGUUUAAGUGUAUAUUAUUUGGUUCUAACUCUAAACAUAGUUUGUUUAGUAGAGAGAGUAUUAAAGGUUUCAUCUUUUGCCUUCUUUGAGUACCAAAAUGAAAAAUAACUACUCACUCUGGUUUUUGCUCUGCAUUUUGGUCAUCAAUAGCUACCUGGUUGUGAUAAUGGGAGGUGUGGUGGUGCAAGAGAAGGCAGAUGCAGCUAUGCCAAUAACAACAUUAUCACCACCAGAAGGCAACACAACAUUUCUAGAUGGGCUAACAUGGUGUGUGGCCCAUGCUGGGGUCUCUCAAAUUGAUCUUCAGAAUGCAUUGGAUUGGGCCUGUGGGCUUGGAAUGGCUGAUUGUAAGCCCAUUCAAGAGGGAGGCCCAUGUUAUGAACCAGACAAUCUUGUUUCUCAUGCUUCUUAUGCUUUCAAUAAUUAUUAUCAACAAAAUGGGAAUUCUGAUAUUGCUUGCAAUUUUGGUGGAACUGCUGUUUUAACCAAACAUAACCCAAGUUAUGGGAAAUGCAACUAUGCAGGACCAGGAUCUGUAAGCUCAACCUCAGCACCCUCACUUUUCAUUUUGAAGAACUCUCAGAGCUUUGUUUGGUGGAAAAUUGCAGGGACACUUCUCUUGCUUUUGUAUUUUGGAAGAUAACAUCCUUUGGUUAUAUAUGCCACUUAGGAAAAAAGAACCCAAAAAAAAAAAACAAAUAUGUAUGGAUCCAAGCAUAUGAUCUGGGUCAUUAUUAGAGAUUAUUAUGAUUUUUGUAUUUGGGAUUUGCUAACUUAUUCCUUUUAUAAUACCUUUGCUUUAGGUUUAGGAAUCUAAUUUAAAUAUAGCUAUUAUAUAUGUCUUUGCAAA